AGUCGUGUUUUUGUUGUGCCCGUUCGCGCGUGUCCUGCUGGCUGCCUCCUGUCUGCUGGCUCUCCGUCGUCCUCGCCGCUCGACAGCUCGACAGCCCAGCACACUACAGCCGAGCUCCGGAGCUGCAGUUCGCCACGCGUCCGCGCCUAUAAAACAUGAAUUUCUACCAUUUUUCUACUCGUCGGUAGCAAUAAAACAUAAAAAAAAAAAUAAUACAAAAUUAUAAAGCAAGAAAGCAAACGCGAUACGCAAAGGAAACGGAAACGGCAAAGGGAAAACUUGGGAAAAACUUAGGACUAACGCCCACCCGAGAAAAUGUUUGUGUGCGAAGAAUGCGGUUAAUAAUUGAUUCGGUUCCCAACUGGCUGCGGCGAAGGGAGUUUUCGUGCAGAAUAAAUAAUGCAAAAAUUGCAGUGCAAAUGUAAUAUGGAAUUACAAUCACAACCGUAUCAAGUUAUUUAUCCAUUCAACAGCAAAUUUUAAAUGGAGCCGCAACAAAGAACACAGAUAUAACACCCAUGUGCAAAAAUACAAAAAUUGAGUAAAACAAACGAAAGCCAUGAAUUGUAAAACUGCAACAAAUGUGAUAUGAACAACUAAUAAAAUAUAAAUAAAGGCACUUUUACUAUAAACCAAAUCAACGUUAAUUAAGCCUCGGAAAAUGGCAGCAGCGGAAACGGAACGAGCAAUCAAAAUGAGCGUAUACAGUGUGGGCUUGACUUUUAUAUAGCUAGCGAUAAUGACAUUAAGUGCUACAUAAAACCAAAAAAAAACACAACAACAAAGCUUUAAAUAUUUUUUCUACUUACUAAAAACUUAAAUUAACUGCACCAAAUGUGAUCGAACCGAAAUAAUAUGUAUUGAACAACCAAUAAGAGUUACUUCAACAAUAAAAAUUCGACAACGACAUUGCCUUCUCUCAUUGUAGCCUAAACGAAAUUAACUCUAAAACUCAACUUCGUAGCCACUAACGUUAAUUACUAGCCUAAGUCGAAACCGAAAAACGAAUAAGUAAAUUAACUAAUAACUAAAAUCGAAGACUUUUCUACGUGCAACAUAAGAAAAAUAAAAAAAAAUAAAAUUAAUAAAACUAGGAAAUGCAUAGACUAAGGCAAGCAAUCACUUACCUAAAAAUCGCAGUGCGCCCACGUUAACGCUGCGCCAACGGCAACGGUCAAUUCAUAGAUAUUAAUAAAUGUUUAUAGCUUUCAAUGCCAAAAUCCAAACGAAAAUGAAAUCGCCUACGAAUACAAUGCUGCGUGACGUUAACGCUACGUAGCAAAAGGCCAGGAUUGCGUUACGCUCCGCUACGUAACGAUAUAUCCAUAGCAGAGCCCAAAACCACACAUCAUCCGAUUCCCGAUUCCCGAUCUUCAGGCCGUGCCUAACCGUUUAUGAGCCAGGACUCACAGGAGCGCCGCAGGACGAGUCGCCGGCGCAGCCAGAAGCAUCAUCGCUGGAAAAAACACAACACAACAACGACUUAACGGAGCUAGAAAGGCAGCCGACCACUGGCGAUCAACGCAGCCCAUCCUCAGCCCGCCACUCAACUGCGCCAGUCAUUUCCACAGGGCUGACGCAGUUUUUCCAACCGCAACCACAGCUACAGAAAACCCAACAACCACCACAAGAACUACAGCACUACACAAAUAGAUUUCUGUUUUAAAAAACCAGAAACAUCAAAAAAAAAAAGAAAACAACAUAAUAUUACUCUUUGCUUCUAUUUCUAUACUCCUCCUCUUUGUGCCUAUCAGUACGUUCUCGUAGUUGUUGAGAAAGUUGAGAAAGUAACCGUAACCGGACUGAACGCACGCCUUUUUUGGAUGCUGCCCUCACGACUCACGUAACGCCCAGACGUGACAUUUAGUUUGGACGUUCGUUUAUUAAGCUCCUAAACCUGUAACCUGUGUCAUCCCAUUGAUUUCGAACUGUGAACGCAACCCCAACGGAUACGCAAUCACUGACUUGACGUGACGCAUACGCACCGUUGAUCAACCGACACUAGACAAACAAACCAAUAAAAAAAAGUACAGAAAAGAACUUUAACCGUAAACAAAAAGAAAAAAAAACAACACCAAGAUGCAGGCCGCAUUGAUGCUAAGAUCGAAAUCUCGGGUGGCGAGAAGAAGAAAGCUACGAAAAUUAGGUGGAAGACUUGAGUUGCCUAGUAAUGUAGCAACUAAAGAAAUAGCUCCAUUUCCUCGUUAUCCACCUGAGUCAUGGAAAAACACAUACGUGACCACGCCCCCGGCGCCGCCGCAGCCGCCUCCGCCACCGCCGGAAUGCGCCCAAGGACGUGCCGCCUGGUUGGAGCGGGGCCGACGCUGCAGCGUCCAGGAUCAGCAGCAGCAGCAGGCCACCUGCCAUCGACGCUGGGUGAAGCGGAACCGAAUCCAGGACGCCUCUUUGGGCGGCUCGUCGGACGAUGAGGAUUUCCUGGGCGUUCUACGAGGUCCCAGCACCUUUGCGAAUGCCUUCCUCUACGUGGGUCUGGGCACGGUGGCGCUGGGCCUCGUCAUCGCAUUCGUUGGCACCGGCGAGAAGGGCUUCAAAACCACGGAACUAAGACUUAUAGGCCCCUCUCUAAUAGGAUUGGGCCUGAUCUGUUGCAUUUUACGCAUACUCUUCUGCAUCUGUCCAUCGCACUGCAUCUCAUCCAGCAAAAAGACGCGCAAGAAAAACGGCAACAAGAUUGAUGCGGAUCACACAACAUCGUUGUUAAGGAACGAGAGCAAAAGAGUGUCGAUAGCGAGGGGACCCAGUUUUCAGCCCAAAUACCCCAUAGCACACAAACGCAGCCAGAGCAAAAUGCUGAACGAGGGAAUGGAGGCACUGCGUCAGAUAGCCACCACAUCCUUGUUCAUGCAGAACGAGCAGAAGACCGCCAUCAAUCGGGUGGUGCCGAUCAUCAAUGAGCCAGAUAGCGGUGAUGCUCCCCUGGAGAUGAAGAAACUGCAGACGGCUCUCAAUGCCUGCGAGAUGAGCGACGAGGAGCAGGAUCAGGAUCGGGAGCAGAAGCAGCAGCAGCAGCAGAUUGCCAAACGUACAACAGCCACAACUGCCGUUACGAGUAGUACCACCAAAGACCCAACAUCAACAGCAGCCACAUCGAGGAUAACGAGGGCCACCACCCUGAGCACGGUGGACGAGAAGCCGGACAGCAAGCUGGUGCGUCAGCGGGUGGCCCUGCAGCAGCAGCGAAGGCAACAGGAGCAGCAGGAGCAGCCCACUGUUCCCAAGUCGCAGUCCUUGUCCUCCUCGUCGACGGUCAAGGAUUCCCUGGAGGUGGUGGAGGAGACAUCCCUGAUAGAUGCCAGCAAUGAGACCACAUCUCCUCCACCUGCGAUGCCCAGCAGCUGCAGUACGGGUGCGAUACCCCGGCUCAAUAGGCCGGGCAUCUCGACGGGGGCCACGCCCAAGACGACGAGCACGACCACGACGACGACGCCCACCAUCACGGCCCGGCUGCCCACGUCGCAGUCGCAUCCGACGAGCUAUGACCUGCCACCGGCCAUGCCGCACACCUAUUCCGCAACGGCGACGGUACGCGGACCGCUGGGCAUGUCCAUGAGCAGCUCCGCCUCCGGCAAAGCGUUCGGCAUGGGAGGAGGAGGAGGAGGAGUAGGAGGAGGAACUGCCUUCACAAUGCCGCCCACCACCACAACGAUUAGCCUGCUCCCGCUGCCGGCGCCUCCUCCAACGGUGGCCACGGCCACAGCGUCAUCAAGUAUUCCCGGCCAGGUGCUGGAAGCCACGAGUCUGAGUCUGAGCCUAAUGCGGCCGGCCACCGCAUCCGGCGUGGUGCUGGGCGGACUGACCACCUCAUCGUUCACCAACAGCUCAGCGGAUCACCACAAAUCACAUCCGUCAUCCGCCGGAUCGGUAAUGGGGCGUGGCAGCAGCCUACUGCUAUCAACCCCCUCGGCGGCGGCAGCGGCGUCGUCGUCGUCGUCAUCGAGCAAAUUCGAGCCAGAAUUGGUGCUCAGUCCGGCUAAGCUUGGCCAGUAGAAUUAAAUGGGAUUUAGUUACGGAUUUUAGUUAGCCACCAGGUCUAUCUAUAUAUGUAUAUGUUUGUCUAGGUACUAGGUACGCGGGUGUAUGUGUGAAUGCGCAUGUGUGUGUGUGUGUGUGUGUUUUAGAGCUAUGUGUGGUGUGUGUGUGUGUAAGAAGGUGUAGUGUUUAGAUACCUACAUAUGUACCCUUAAACUAUCUUUUGAAUGUGCCACAAGAACCACUUAGAGAAAUGAUUACACCCCUUAACUGAAACUCUAAAAAAUGUCAUGUUCUGAAACUAAAAACUAACCAAAAUUCAAAAAGAUAACAUCUAUUAUUAGAUCUAUUAAUUGGAGACUCCACCUUUCCAUUCAGAACAUGACUCUGAAUGUGUAUCUAUAUUAUUUCGCUUUCAGUGUCUGAUCCUGUAUAUUUCCCGAGGCUUGCAUCCUCUAUAGUUCGCUAAGCCACUUGAUUUCUCUGCCCGCUCUUUUGGAUGUAUCAUCCACUCUAUAGCUAACGACUCUUUCCUCAACAUUCUAGAUCUGUUCCUCAGGCUUCAGGUGGCAUAAAGAUCGCCCAAGUGCUCAGCAAAAAGUUGCCAACCUGCGCUCUUCUAAGCUAUCCCCAAAAAUAUAAAAAACAUAGCCAGGGUAUUAUAAAGUUUGUAUACCAAACAUAUCGUUAACUAAAUACACAAACCGAAACUAACACUAACUAUAAUGUGAAACAAAAGAAAAGGAAACUUGGAGCGGUGACGGUCGUUGUCCAAAUUGAUAAAAUGAAAUGUAUAAGAAAACUACAAAACCCAUUAGAUAUGUAUUGAAAAAUGUUAGGGGACCGCUUUACCCAAGCUAAGCUAAAUGGCUAGAUGUGCAAACAAUAUUUGAAAUAUGUGCGGUUGCGUGUUUCUUUAAAGUCCAAACCAAAAUCCAGGGAGUUCAAAAAGUAUUAGGCAAUCGUUGAAUGAGCUCUAAAGAAUAUAAAAAACAGGAAAUUUCAAAUUCGACUAAAGUGUGCUAUAAUUGUAAUUCAAAAUUUAAACUCUUCAAUAAACUGUAAUUUUCUACAACUUCGAAGCUAUUGCUAAGUUCUAUGUGAAAUAAUUGCAAGCUCUUUCAGCCGGCACGUCCCCCGAGAUAAGUGGCCCGGAUAUAAAAUAAGAACUAAUACAAACCGAAUCCAAUAAAAUCGAAUGUGGCCGUUAAAUAAAAAAAAGAAGCGCAAAUAAUUAAAUGUAACAUCCCUGAAACAAAAUGUGUAAGAUGCAUGUACAGCAACCAAAAGCAGCAGCAAGACAUAGAAAAUUAUAAACAAAAAUGUAUGAAUUAGUAUGUAUGUAUACUAUGUGCAGA